AGCCCUCUCGUAUAUUUUAGUUCUUGAUUAGUGUCAGCCCCCCUCAAUCAGCCUCAUCCACCUCCAACAAUCAUGAAAAGAGCACGAAGAAGCACACCCAAGGUUCGUUCUGGCUGUCUGACCUGCAAAGCGCGUCGCAUCAAAUGCGAUGAAACAAAACCCACUUGCCAACGAUGUACUCACUCCAACCGCACAUGUGAAGGAUACCUAGCAUCUUCCGACAAAGCCUCCGGUUCCCCGGCGACGAGCCUCUCUAUCACAACCUACAGCAUUCCCUUCAAAGUCCCUGGAAGUCAAGUCGACCGUCAAUUGCUUCACUUCUACUGCUGCCAGGCAGCAGAGAGUCUGUCGAGCUUCUCCGACCCCACGCUAUGGACGCGUCUAAUUCUCCAGCGCUGCCACACCCAACCCAUCAUCCGGAAUGCGCUGGUCACACUGAGCGCACUCUACCAAGACCACCACAGCCGUUACUCGGACGAGGGAAACUCACCAACACAGCCCUCGCCAAGGAACCUCCAGCUAAUCGCGAGAUCCCAUCGACAGCUGCGCAUGCACCUCUCCUCCCCACAGGCCUCCUACGAAGUCGCCUUGAUCUGUGGAGUGAUCUUUUAUGCCUUCGAGUCGCUGAUCGGACAGACGGAGAACGCCAUCCGCCAUCUCGAUCAGGCGUUGAUCCUCUUCCGACGAUACCGGUAUCAAUACCAUCUUCUUCAACAGAAUGGCCGUGGCAUCGGGAACGAUAUCUUCCCCCAUCUGAGCUCGCGCCUCGCGCGAUUGGACAUCCAAGCCAGCAUAUACCACGACUCUCGCCCUGUGGUACUAGCCAGCAGUGAACCGAUCAGGCCCAUCUCUGAACUAGCGCCUCACAGCAUGCCUUUUAGAGACGUCAACCAUGCGGAAACGCUCCUCGUCGACCUCCAGGCACGUCUCUUGCAGCAUCUUCUCCUGUACCUACCCUACAAGCGAACACCGCUCAACGACCUUCCGCCGGGAAUCUUUCAUAAGCGCGUUGCUCUCGACGCCGCAUUCCAGGAAUACAUUCAUUCCAUCACCAAUGUUUCCCUAGCCGGUGGCUCAAGAACCGCACAGCACAUUCUUCUCCUGCGGAUCCAAGCACAGCUAUUCCACAGCGUCUUACUGGAGAACGUGCACGCACCAAGUGUGUCUUCGCCUGCUGCCGACGCAGACUCUGCUUUAAGCGCCGCUCUGAGCAAUAUCUCCGCUCUCCUCGAUGGGACAGUCACCAGCCACCGUGAUGUUGACGCUCUCAGCGCCCGACAAAGUGACCGAACCGAACGCGGGUUCACACUUUCCACGCAGCUUAUAGCGGGUCUGUACGUCGUCUGUCUGAAAAGCAGCGAUCCUUUCAAUGUAGAUGCAGCGUUAUCCUUGUUGCAAGAUCCCAGAUUACCGCGACGGGAUGGGCUGUGGGAUGCAGAUGUGGUAACUGAAGUGGUGAAGAGAUUAAGAGAUACGGCCGGAAGCAGCAAAGAGACAUUUGACCACUCCGAGGGGGCAGAAGGUGUACGACCUGACAUCCUGAUAUAG